UCCCUAUAUUCUAGGGUUUUAUUCUUCUCUCUCUUUCUUUUGUUAUUUGUUAAUCAACCAUUUCAGGACUUCAAUUUUUCCUCAGCGUUCUUUCUCUCUGUAUAUUACAUUCACAAUUCAUCUAUAAUAAUAAAGAUCUAUUUUUCUCUGUUUUUUCCAUCUUUUCUUUUCUUUUGUUCUUUUUGUUGUUGUUGUUCACAAUUCAUAUAAAUAUAUAUAUUUUUUCAAUAGACAAGCUCAGUCUAGAACAGAUUCAAGCUCAAUUUGCCAAAGGUUCAAGCUUUUUGAUUAUAUGAACAAAGGGGUUUUUCAAUCGCUUCCCAAAAUUUGAAAUUUUUCUAUUUUGCUAUAGAAUUUUGAAAUCUCACCCUUGUUUUGAUCAAAUCUUGUUGCACCCAUUUUGUUAUUGUUAAAAAUUCACCUUUUUUUUUCACCUAAUUUCAAUGACCCAGGUCCUUAAAAUGGACCAUUUCAUGGUUUCAGAUAAAUGGGUUUUUUAAUUCUCAUUUGACAAGGUCGUUCCUUUUUCAAAUUUCCAAUUCAAAAGACAUUUCUUUUUUUUUUCAAUACCUUAAAACCCUUUUUGUUGCCCAUUUUUUUCUUAAGGGUUAAAAAAAUGUAUGGAACCAAAAGCAAAAUUGACCUUGCAUUUGAAUACCAAUCUCAAGCUGCAAUUUUGAGGCCUAGCAUCCAUUCUAGAAGAGCAAAUCUGACUGUAAAAUUUCAAGACCUUUAUGGAUUCACGGUGGAAGGGAAUGUUGAUGAUGUGAAUGUGUUGAAUGAUGUAAGGGAAAAGGUGAGACAACAAGGUAGAGUUUGGUGGGCAUUGGAAGCUAGCAAAGGUGCAAAUUGGUAUCUUCAUACAACCAUAGGACAAGGGAGUGCACUUACAUCUUCAUUGAAAUUUUCAGCAUUGGCUAAUGCUAUUACUUUGAAGAAGUUGAUAAGGAAAGGGAUACCACCUGUUCUUAGGCCUAAGGUUUGGUUUUCUUUGUCUGGUGCUGCAAAGAAAAAGUCCACUGUUCCUGAGAGUUAUUAUGAUGAUUUGACUAAAGCUGUGGAGGGGAUGAUUACACCUGCUACUAGACAGAUAGAUCAUGACUUACCAAGAACCUUCCCCGGUCACGCGUGGCUGGACACUCCUGAAGGACACGCUGCUCUUAGGCGUGUUCUUGUUGCUUAUUCUUUCCGUGAUUCUGAUGUUGGAUAUUGUCAGGGUUUAAACUAUGUUGCGGCAUUGUUGUUACUGGUGAUGAAAACCGAAGAAGAUGCAUUUUGGAUGCUUGCUGUCUUGUUGGAAAAUGUCCUGGUUAGCGACUGUUACACAAACAACUUAUCAGGAUGCCAUGUCGAACAAAGAGUGUUUAAAGAUUUACUCAGUAAAAAGUGCCCAAGAAUUGCAACACAUUUGGAAGCUUUGGAAUUUGAUGUUUCUCUUGUUACCACCGAGUGGUUCCUUUGCUUGUUUUCAAAGAGCCUGCCUUCUGAGACAACGCUACGAGUAUGGGAUGUUAUUUUCUACGAGGGAGCUAAGGUUAUAUUUAAUGUGGCCUUGGCAAUUUUCAAGAUGAAAGAAGAUCAAAUUCUUCUAACUCAUCAUGUUGGGGAAGUAAUCAAUGUCCUGCAUAUGACAACUCAUCACCUAUUUGAUCCAGAUGAUUUACUAACAGUGGCAUUCGAUAAGAUAGGUUCGAUGACGACUAAUACAAUAUCGAAACAAAGGAAGAAACAAGAACCUGAAGUCAUGAAGGAGCUUGAUCAAAGGAUAAGAAGGCUAAAUUCCCUUAAAAUGGAUGACAAAUAAUAGCCAUUUGAUUUUUUCUUUCUUUUGAGACAUUGAAAUGUCGAAACCAACCGUCCGAAGUAUGAUCUGUUGCCACAAGCAGAGAACGUUGAAUCUAUGGAAUCCUUUAAAUCGUCGUCGCCGAGGGCGUGACAUGAGCCCUGUUGUGUUUUCAGGAUUUUUGUAGGUGAUAUAAUUGUAAAUUUGAAUAUGGAAACAUCAUAAACUAUUAAUUAUUGUUGUUAUAAUAAUGUGCAUUAUCAUCAAAUUUUAGUA